AUGUCUCAACUCGUCACAACCAUCUCCCGUGCAUACCCAUGGAUGAAGACGCCGUUGAUCGUCAGCGCCCCGAUGCGGGUUAUGGCCGGCCCCACACUGGCGGUUGCUGUCUCCCACGCUGGCGGGCUAGGAUUCAUCGGGCCGGGCGUCAAAACUCAAGAUAUCGGCGCUGAUCUCGAAGAAGCAUCGAUGUUGAUAAAAAAGCUCUCUGCAUCCCAAGCUCAACCGUCUGCACUACAAAACCAACCUCUUCUCCCGGUAGGCGUCGGCUUCCAACUCUGGAACGACGACGUCGAAGUCGCCGUCUCCACUAUAUGCAAAUACAAGCCCUGCGCUGCCUGGCUCUUUGCUCCGCGCAACGGACAAAAAGACCUGGAUACCUGGUCCCGGCGGAUCCGCGGUGCGUCCCCGUCCACCCGCAUCUGGAUCCAGAUUGGCACGCUAGCCGAGGCAAGGGGGCUUGCACAGGGCCCCGAAGAACCAGACGUGAUUGUCGUGCAGGGUGCAGAGGCAGGCGGACACGGCCGGGUCAACGACGGUCUCGGAAUCAUGGCACUACUCCCGGAGGUGAUGGACUGUCUUCCACCGCACAUCCCUGUGUUCGCGGCUGGGGGAAUAGCUGAUGGGCGUGGCGCAGCAGCGGCGCUGUGCCUUGGGGCUACAGGCGUCGUGAUGGGGACGCGGUUCCUUGCUGCUACAGAGGCAAGAAUUAGUCCAGGCUAUCAGCGGGAGAUUGUGCGGGCCAGCGAUGGCGCCGUCUCGACGACACGGACGAUGCUGUAUAACCAGCUUCGGGGUACGGUGGGCUGGCCGGAGCAGUACAGUCCUCGGGCGAUUAUCAACAAGUCGUUCAUCGAGCAUCAGGCGGGUCGACCAUUCGACGAGCUGAAGAAUCUUCAUGAUGAGGCUCUCAAGGCAGGAGAUGCUGGGUGGGGACCGGAGGGAAGGCUGGCGACGUAUGCUGGUGCUGCGAUUGGGUUGAUUCAUGAUGUGAAAGACGCUGAGAGAAUUGUCCAGGAUGUCCAAACGGAAGUCCUGCGGAGACUUUCAACUGUACAGAAUGCCAAUUCGGCGCAGUAA